UCAGGAAGCAAAUUUACAUUCUGCCCCCCUCAUUCUCUCUCUCUCUCUCUCUGAGUCGCAUUUGAUUUCUCGUCCUCUCUAUCGAGUUGUGAAGCAUCGAACCCUCUAGUGUUCGAGAAAUGGGUCAGAUCCAGUACUCCGAGAAGUACUUCGACGACACCAACGAGUACCGGCAUGUGGUGCUUCCUCCUGAAACGGCGAAACUGCUUCCCAAGAAUCGCCUCCUCUCUGAAAAUGAAUGGCGUGCGAUUGGGGUGCAGCAGAGCCGAGGGUGGGUGCACUAUGCGAUUCAUCGCCCCGAGCCACACAUCAUGUUGUUCAGGAGACCUCUGAACUACCAACAGCAGCAGGAGAAUCAGGCUCAGCAGAACGUGCUUGCUAAGUGAUCGAUCAUUUUACUCGAGUUCGCUUUUAAUCUCUAGAAGUGAUUUGCCUAAGAAACAAAUUGAAUGUUUUGGGACUUGGGUUUGUGUCUGUUGUAAUGUUAAUUCUCUGGUUUGGGGAAUUUUAUACUUGUGUGGUCGGUGCUGCAUAGAUAUGUAUUAGUCUACCUCUGUUGUACUUUUUGUGGAUUUAGUUUCAAUGGUGAACCAGGCCCAGCAAAACACGCAUGCCAAGUGAUCGAUCAUUUCACACAAUGUUGCUUUUAAUCUCUAGAAGUGAAAUGAACGAUUAAGUAGGGCUUUACGUUUGCCUAGGAAACAAUUUGGAUGUUUUGCAACUCGGGCUUGCGUCUGUUGUGUUGUUGAUUCUCCUGUCUGGGUAAUUUUAUACUUGUGUGCUUUUAUGUUG